AUGCCCAGGCUUUCCCAAGACAACCAAGAGAGCCUCCAGAAACACUUCUCCAGGCCGUCUAUGUGGAUGCAGUUUCUGCCCCUGUUUAGGGAUCAGGAAUAUGAUGCAAAUAUUUACCAAACCACAGAAAAUGAAGUGGACCCCAAGGCUGUGCCUGAUGUCCAGACCUUCCCCCCUGCGCAGCGCCCGGACUCGCCCGCCGCCCCGAAGCUGCUCAGCCUCCUGUCUAGCCCGCUCUCCGGCCUCGCGCGGUUCUUCUCUCACCUUCUCCGGCGACCCCCUUCGGAGGCUCCCCGGCGGCGCCCGGACUUCUCCUCCCUGCUUCCCGCCCGGCCGGCCGCCAGGCUCUCGCGGGGUCACGAGGAGUUGCCGGGCCGCCUCUCGCUUCUGCUCGGGGCGGUGCUGGCACUGCCCGAUCGACCCCCGGGGGGUCGCCCGCCGAGGCCGGCCGGUCGGGUCGCCGAGCCCAGGGAAGAGGACGCCGGCGCCGAGCAGAGUUCGCCCACGCCCCCCAUGGGAUCUGAACGGCUAGAGAUGCGGAAGCGGCAGAUGCCUGCUGCCCAGGAGACCCCAGGCUCUGCCCUGGGCCAGCAUGGAGUGGGGAGUCGAGGGUCCAAUGCCUGCUGCUUCUGCUGGUGCUGCUGUUGCAGCUGUUCUUGUCUCACUGUUAGGAACCAAGAAGAUCAGAGACCCUCAAGGGCUUCCUACGAACUCAGAACAGAAGACCUUCCAACCUGUGAAGAAAGCCCCACCCCUACUCUGGAAGAAGUCAACGCCUGGGCUCAGUCAUUUGACAAGUUAAUGACCACUCCAGCAGGAAGAAAUGCCUUCCGUGAAUUCCUUCGAACAGAAUUCAGUGAAGAAAACAUGCUUUUCUGGAUGGCCUGUGAGGAACUGAAGAAAGAAGCUAAUAAAAAUAUUAUUGAAGAGAAAGCAAGGAUAAUAUAUGAAAACUACAUUUCCAUUCUUUCUCCUAAAGAGGUCAGCUUAGACUCCAGAGUAAGAGAAGUCAUCAACAGAAACAUGGUGGAGCCCUCCCAACACAUAUUUGAUGACGCUCAACUUCAGAUUUACACCCUGAUGCACAGAGACUCAUAUCCCCGGUUCAUGAACUCGGCCCUCUAUAAGGAUUUGCUUCGGUCCUUAUCUGAGAAAUCCAUGGAAGCAUAG